UAUAAAUUCUGAAUUGGAAACAGAACACAAAAGACAUCAGAAUUUAGUGAUCAAAGAUUCCAAUGGUCGCUCUUAUAGAGUUGAUUUUACAAAGAAUCUGGAGUAUUUGCUAGAUUCCCAAGGAAAUGUUACUAACAAGACCUCCCAAAUCAGGAGAUGUGAUCUAACUAAAGGUGAGCUUUAUCAACUACAUAGGCCUGCAUUUUUAUUUAAGAUUAGUAUACUAAACAUGCUCAACUGUAACUAGCCAUGCAUUUAAACUGUAUUUUCUAUUGUUAUACUGUAAAAAAAUAUCUGGAUGCUAAGAUAGCUUUUUCAAUAUAUUACUAACUCCCCUUUGCAUAAGCCAGUGCUGUCCAACUUUUUUGACUCCGGGGGUCAAAUUUUAUCCUUUUGUAAAACCUAGGACCAUGCAUGACAUCUCAAAAGAAAUAAAUUUUUAAAAAUUACUUUUUAGAAAAUGAUUCAAUUUAUUAACAUUUCGUACCUUAUGCAUAAAGAAUCAUAUACCUGUUAGCAGUAUCAUCUAAAUGAAUAAAAACUAUAGCACAUCUUUAAUGCCAUAAUUUGCUUUGACUUGAACUUGCAAUCUUCUUAAUUUGUGGCUGGUAUUCACUAACUGCUGCCCUUAUUAGGUUUCCUAAAUGUUUUUCAGUCUAUGGGUUUCAUUUUUUGGACUUAAUGUCCAUCAUUACAGAGAAUCCAGCUUCACAGACAUGGUCAAUAUCUUCUUACAACAUUUCAGUGGUCAUUCAUCUGAAGAAACAUAGGUCAUCUAUAAUUCAGUGGCAACACAUUCGUAUGUUUUUCACAAAGAGCCAUGUUACGCUGAAUUUUGAUGAUUUCAAGCUGUACUGCACCUUCAUCUGCUCCUAAUAAUGACACCAUUUUUGUGGCUACAAUAGAGAUAUCACACUUAAAGGGAUUUUUUAAUAAAAAGUAAAACAGGAGUAAGACUGAGAAUAUAUUUAAAACAAUCUGUGAAAUCUAUCUUGAAAUUUUGUAACACUUGAUUUAAUGGCUCACUUGUAAACAGCCUUGGAAGUGGUUGUGCAGCCUUUGCAAGGGUUGAGAAGUGAGUAAAAUUCGACUGAUUUAAUAGAGUAUUGAAUAAAAAAAAACUAAUUUCUUUCAUCAGCCUUGGUAAGAUUUGAAAAUGUCCUUGCAAUUUUACUUUAACUUUAUUAAGGUGAUCUGUGAUAUCAGUGAGAAAUGCUAGCCUUACAAUAAACUCAGGAAUUUCCAUAUAAUUUAACAAAUCACACUUUGCUUUGGACCUGAGAAACAGUUUCACUUCUUCAAUUAGAUCCCAAAAUUUUGCCAGCACUUUCCCUUUGCUCAGACAAUGAACAUCAAUAUAAAGAAAAAAAUCACCCCAAAAUUUUUAAUAUAAUUCAAAGUGAGUCUCAAAAUCUGUAUGCACUGUCUUCUUGAGGUGUCUCUGCAGAUUGGCCUUUUUCAUAACAGAAAUACUAGUCUGGCUUAUCAAACACAAUGGCUUUUCAUGAAACAAAAAAAACAAAAAAUUCCAGUUCCCAGGAAGUGUUAAAAGUACAAUUUUCUUCUGUAACAUUCCGUUUUGUACUUGCCAUUUUGGCUUUAUCUUUUUAGAAAUAAAAAUGGUUUCAAGAAUUGUUCGACCUGUCUCUCAGAAUUUCUCCCUGACUCCACUGCACUAACUAAAACACAGCUUUUACUUUUAUGUUGCUUUCAAUUCCUGGGAUCGAUAAUACUCCGAUCACUGAAUACCAGGUAUUCAACUGGUUCACAUUCCCCUCCUGUCAAUUGUGACACCUUCAGUAGCCCAUAUCUCACCUUGUUAACUCCCGUCUUAUUAUUAUCAUCCUACAAAGCCCAGUUGCUUUAACACCUGGCGCUCACUUAUCUAGUUCAUCUAAACCAGUACCGUUGGUCUGCACAGACAUUUUUACACUAACCAGCUAAUUACACAUUAAGUUAACAAACUUAUAGUUUCCUAUUUCAUCUUUCCUUUAGUAACUGUGCCCAUAAACCACACCCCCUCCCCAUUUUUAGGCUGGUCGAAGCAGUGAAAAGAAUGAUAAGUUUGUAUCCGAUUUCAUGUCAUCCCAUAUUCUAACAUGGUUGAUAUACUGACGUUCUUAACAUAAAUUACAGCUAUCUGUCAAGCAUCCCUCUCCUUUUGCCACACCUCCCCCUUUUUUCCACUGCCACUACUUCUCCUGCACUCUCAUGCAAUUUCCGAACAAUACUGAAUCUAUGAAUGUCGUUUUUUUUCCCCAUCUUAAUCUAACAUGUUUAUUUUGUUACACAAGUGGUAAAAAUGUCUCAAGCUCUGGUGGGCCAUUUAAAACAUAUCUGUGGUCCCCAUGCAUCCCACAUCUGUGGGUUGGACAGCGCAGUUCAGUAGCAUCAAGCUUCUUUUUCUCCUUCACUCACUAAAUCAGAAACAGAUUGGUUGUUGUAAAUUGUGCUUUGAAUUGUUCUAAAGAUCAACAUUGAAAUUAGGUCUCAGAAUUUCUCCCUGACUCCACUGCACUAACUAAAACACAGCUUUUACUUUUAUGUUGCUUUCAAUUCCUGGGAUCGAUAAUACUCCGAUCACUGAAUACCAGGUAUUCAACUGGUUCACAUUCCUCUCCUGUCAAUUGUGACCAUAUCUCACCUUGUUAACUCCCGUCUUAUUAUUAUCAUCCUACAAAGCUCAGUUGCUUUAACACCUGGCGCUCACUUAUCUAGUUCAUCUAAACCAGUACCGUUGGUCUGCACAGACAUUUUUACACUAACCAGCUAAUUACACAUCAAGUUAACAAACUUAUAGUUUCCUAUUUCAUCUUUCCUUUAGUAACUGUGCCCAUAAACCACACCCCCUCCCCAUUUUUAGGCUGGUCGAAGCAGUGAAAAGAAUAAUAAGUUUGUAUCCGAUUUCAUAUCACCCCAUAUUCCAACAUGGUUAAUCUACUGACGUUCUUAACAUAAAUUACAUCUAUCUGUCAAGCAUCCCUCUCCUUUUGCCACACCUCCCCCUUUUUUUCUACUGCCACUACUUCUCCUGCACUCUCAUGCAAUUUCCGAAUAAUACUGAAUCUAUGAAUGUCGUUUUUUUCCCCCAUCUAAAUCUAACAUGUUUAUUUUGUUACACAAAUGGUAAAAAUGUCUCAAGCUCUGGUGGGCCAUUUAAAACAUAUCUGUGGUCCCCAUGCAGCCCACAGCUGUGGGUUGGACAGCGCAGUUCAGUAGCAUCAAGCUUCUUUUUCUCCUUCACUCACUAAAUCAGAAACAGAUUGGUUGUUGUAAAUUGUGCUUUGAAUUGUUCUAAAGAUCAACAUUGAAAUUAGGGCGUACAAAAAACUAAUUCCUUUUCCAAAUUUUUCUCUUCAUUUUUUUUCUGAUCUGGUUCAUUAGAAAUUAAAAAUUUAAUUUAAAAAAAAAAUUUUCUGAAUUUAAUUAAAUGAGUUAAAAUCCUUGCUAUGCAUGCAGGAGAAGUUUCAAGUAAAACCAAGAUGUUCACUCUUAAACUAUUAAGUGUGCUAAACAUUAAUUUCUAUCCAUUAGGCCUAUACAUAUUUGUGUGCUCAGAAGAAAAUCCUUUCUAGCAAAAUGAUUCACAAAUAGUUGUUCUUAUAGAAAUUAUUACCCCUAAAGUCAUGGUAAUAAUAAACCUUGUAUAAACAUUUUUACCUUUCAUGACCACAGCACGCGAAUAGGAGCAGUGUAUUCAAAUAAAAAAGUCCAGACUUUUCCAACUCUGUUUUUGACACUAUUUCAAAUUAGAUUCAAAUUCAAAUUAGCUGAUAAAAAAAUCAGUAAAGUCUUUUAACUUAUAAGCUCGAGUGUCUUUAUUAAUGAUAACAUAAAUAUGCAAUUACACCAAAUGAAUGUUUACUCAAAAUAAAUAUAGGCCUAUCACAUUUAUCUAUAAAAUAAAAUAAUUCAGACAAUGUAAUUAAUAAAUGGAUCAUGAUGACCAACUUAUUGCUAUUGUGGAAGUCAAUAUUCAAGGCAAUUGACACAAAAUUUAUGUAGAAUUAUGUUAAGCUUCUUAAGGAAUGUCACUGUAGAAGACACAAAGAGAUCUGACACAAAAUAAUAGAGAAAUAUCUGUGAAGCCUUACAGAAGCUGAUAAGGCUAACUAUGCUAGCCGGUGAGGCUAACUAUGCUAACAGCUCUAACAGAUGUAGCCGAUAGACAAAAGUUGCAUCCCUAGGCUCCAUUUGGAAAUGAGGAGUUAAUAAAUCCAUUUCCAAAUCAUCAAUAAGAUAGACAUUUUGCAUUAUCUACAUAACAGCACUUCUAAAUAUCUUUUUCUACUAAAAUUAAAAGAUUUUGGACAUUUUCAAUAUUUCUGUAAUUUCUUGGAAUGUUUAGGUUAAUUAAUAAUUUUAAAAACAUGAUCCGACUUUUCUUAAGAAUGUUUUUAAGAAUUGCACUUGGUUAUUUCUUGAACAGAGGAGCCGCUUCCAACUCACUGGGAUUCAAUGGAAAGUGAUGAAACUGUGAAGCUAGUUGAAUUAUCAACAAAGUCUAAAGAAUACAAAGAAAUAUUGAAAAAGCUUCAAACAGCUAAUGUUAAUUUUGCAACAAGAAAGGUAAAAUUCUUAAAUUUUAAGGUAUUUUAUAUUAAUACCAAAAACAAAAAAAAAGAAUUGUAAUGCAUUUAAACUUAAAUUAUGAACACUAUGGUUGCUUUCUCAUCUUGUUCCUGCCCUCUUUAGUUGUAAAUAUUUCUAAUAGUUCUAAUUACUCUAAUAAAAUUCAAAAUUAUGGUUGUAUUAUUGUAUUACAUUUUUUAAUUGAGGGAAAGUACAGAAGGAAUGAGAUAUUUCUUCUCUUUAAUUCAGUGAUGAUAUCAACAAAAUAGCAAGUUUCAUUUAUUUAAUAUUUUCAAAUUUUCAUUUGAAGUCUUUUCUUUUGUGAAUGUCUUAAAGAAAAGUAGAGACUUUCAAAUCUUUACAUUACAGUUUCUCUAAUGGUUACUGAGCAGUGAAAGAAUUUAAUUUGAUCUCCCGAUGUUAGACUUUCAUUAAAGGCAUGAAUUUGAAGAAAUAAAUAGGCCUACACUAAAUUUUCCAGUAUGCAUCAUUGAAAAAUAAAUUAUUGGUCUCAUUUUUCAUCAAUCAAUAAAAGUCUCAAAUUAAUACUGUUACCAGGUUUGUAUGACAAAAUUUGGUAUCAAAUGAAAGAUAAUUGAAUGGACUUAAUGUUUAUAAACUUAAUUCUUCAGUUUAACUAAAAUAAACUACCCCAAAUGACAUCCAAAUAGCAUUUAGUCUAAAGGGACCCAGGUCCGAAUAGCGGCGAUGUGUGUCCAUUCAAUUAUCUUUUAUUCGAUACAAAAUUUUAUCUUACAAACCCAAAAAUAAUGUUUUAAACAUUUUUUAAUCCCAACCUCUCACUUCUGGUAGCCGGGUCCGAAUAGCCACUUCGUAACUUUAAGGUCUACAUUUGACCUCUUCUACCCAUGAAGAUACCUAAAUAACCAAAUUAUAAUCAAUAGGCAUGUAUAUACAUUUAAUUUUUUUUUAAAGUGGGGCAGGGUGCAGUCAUGAAACCCUGAAAUGAUAUCAUAAAAUAUGUACUUUAGAAACUGCUGUCAAAUAUAUCUCUGCUCAAAUACAAUGGCUUGAGCUAAAUUAUUUUAACUGUAUUUUGAGAGAAUUUAAAUUGCAAUGUUUAUUAUCUGUACAGAUUGAGAGGGUGCAGAACAAGACUCUUUACCAACAAUACUCCGUAAAGAAACGUGAAAUGGACUCACGCAACCCACCUGGCCAUGAAAAUGAAAAGUUGUUGUAUCAUGGCACUGCAUUUGCAAACACAGAUCCUAUCAACCAUAGUGGUUUUAAUCGCAAUUACAAAACAGGUAAGCUUCAUACAGAUUUCAAAUAAUUUUGAUAAAUUUUGUUAAGAAUAAUGGCAAGGAGUAAAUAGCUCAGCAGACAAUGAAAAAUAAAAUGUUUAAUUUAUUUUUCAUAACUAAAAUGUUUAAUUUAUUUUUCAUAACUAAAAUUAACUCGUUUCUUUAUAUUACACUUUAUGAAAUAAUCAACCAACCAAGUUAAAAAAACAACAACUUUAUUCUAGAAUUGCUCUCACAAAUUUUUCAAUUUACAAACUUCGUGUUAGUUACUCAUUAGAUAAAUUUAGAAGUCCAUUUACAUUUAUGCAUUUCCUUUUUUUUAUGUUAUUUUCCAUAUGUUUUUAAAAUAUAUUUCCAAAGGUUAGUUUUUCUCAUCUCCAGUUGCAGCUUACGGAGAUGGAGUCUAUUUUGCUGUUGAUCCAAAUUAUUCUGUAAGCUAUGCAAAAGUAGAUCCAGCAACAAACUUACACAAGAUGUACCUGGCAAGAGUAUUAGUGGGGGAGUCAGUAGUAACCAAACAAGGGGAUAGAACACCACCUAGCAAACCUGGAAAGAAUUAUACUUAUGAUUCUGGAACUGAUGGAAAUGGAGUCAUGUACAUCAUAUUUCAUGAUGCUCAGGCCUAUCCUGAUUACCUUAUUACAUUUUAAAUAGUCUCUGUGACCUUAUUGAAACUCUAAAUGAAACCAUAUUCAUAUAUUUAAUAAUUAAAAUUUCUCUGUGUGUUCACUUGGCCUCUAACUUGUGCAUGCAUGUGUUAACGACCUUUAAAACAGGCUUACACAAAAAGUCAGUGUGCAAAUACACUUUUUAAAACAAUAUUCAAAUUCAUUGAUCUCUAUUGUUGGUGUUUUCCAAAUGAAAAAUGUGCACGCAAAAUAAAUACAUAACUAUUGUUAGUUGCUUUAUGCAUUUAAUUGUUGUUUGGCCAAAAAUAAUGCUUCUUUCUUGCCAGCUGUAAGAAUCUGAAACUGAAUCAGUUGAAUAAAUUAAUGCAAUGCAUAUAUUAUUAAAUUGGUUGACAAGUCAGUUCACAGAUUUUUUCAUCAUUUCAUAACAAAAACAAAUUUCAACAAUUUUAAAAAUGUUGCACAGAGAAAAUUUAUUGAAUUCAAAGCUGCAGGAGAAAUAAAAGGAAC